UUCACCAAUCAAAUCAUCCUUAAGUUAUUUUUCAUACAGUGAAAACUAGAAUUAAUUAAAAUGCCAAUUGAUACCCGCGAGCUAAUGGAAGCCAUUGCCAUCAUAGCCGAUGAACGAAAUAUCCGGGUUGCAGUAAAACAAUCAGGAAAAGGAACAGCGAUUUGUGCUGCUUGCUGCUUUGCUGGCGGCUUAUUAAUGGGUCCUGUGGGCCUAGCUGUUGGCGGCGCUGCCGGAGGAAUCGCUGCCUAUAAAUUGACCAGUGGUACGUUUAGGCCGCUGGGGGAAGUUAUAUUGAACGACUUAACAGACGCACAGCGCGAACAGCUGGUGCAACAUGUAACAACAGCUGUAGCUGACGUACGACCAACGGAUUUAGUAAUGUUGCUGCCUUUGAUAACGCAGAACGCAUCUAUUCAACAAGCAGUGCUCAAUACAAUUAUGUCCUUUGUUACAAAUGAGCUACGGAUGCAGAUCAUUGAUUGAACUGUUAUAUGUGAGCAUGUGAUUUUACCUAUGUACCAUAAUUCUAUAAAUAAAAAUGCCCUAGAAAUUAU